GGCGCACGUGUCAAAGUUUAGGCGGUAAAUUUAAGGAGGGAAAUGGAGAGCUGGAAGAGUUUUGAUUUUGUAGCAUUUUAAUGUUGAAUAUUUGUGACAUCAUACGUUAUACGUAUUUCUUAGUGUAUGCAUCAGCCCAUGUUUGACAUCUACACAACUUGGGAGCCAAGUCUUUGUUUGUGUAAUAGCACAAUCCAUAAUACAAUCAUCCCCUCAAAUCAUUGAACGUCCCUGACUUGAGUGAUUGGCUGUGGAAAUUCGGCUUGGAAACUACUUUAUCGAGCUCAAAAUUGAACAAAAUUUUGCAGAAAAAGACAGUUUUACAAAAAGUGUCUGGCUUUUGACUUUAUUUUCGUGAAAAUCUAUCUCUAGUGGAAUAAAUUAUUCAUGGAUUAGCACACCUAGUAUUCGAUUGACCAAGUGAAGGUAUUUUGAGGUUCAAUUUUGAUUGUGGAUUGCAAAGAGCAAAAUGGUGUCCACAAGGCAAAUGACUAUAGGGAACAAUGGCAAUGGGGAAGUGUAUCAUAAUCAUCAGCCCCCCACUGAGGUGAGCUACAGGAGCACCAGAAAUGGAGCAGCUGGGACAAGUACAAGCACUGCAAUACAGAACACUAAACCACCUUCUCCACAACCAGUACAAUCUGUAUAUUUUCUGGACCUUCCACAGGAGGUCAUUGAGAAAAUUUUCAGUUAUCUGUCUUUCAAGAACAUAUGUCAGUUGAGACUGGUAUGCCGGACUAUAGACCGCAUCUGCGGCCAUAUCCUAAACUCCACCUUCAUGAAGCUGCAGAACCAGAUGCUGACUCGCUUCCAAGACAUCAAAUCGAAGAUGCCUAGAAGAGAAUCUGCACGUCGCAGUCAUCAUUUGGCAGGCGAAAGUGACAUCAUCGAGACUCUUCACAUGCGGUUGACGUUGUUGCAGAUGUCCCUGGGCAAACACAUCGAGAGAAAGCACAUAUGCUUUUUCCCUGGAGACAUAUUAGAUGAAGUUCACCAUAUCCUGCAUUAUAUUCGCGUGACUCCGAAACUAGAUCUGCCAUAUAAAGUCACUGAUGAGCUAUUCGAUUUAUCUACGAUGGCGAUGGAGUAUUUUAAGGAGAAGAUCGAACCUAAUCUUCCGGAAAUUGCUUACUUUAGUACCGAUUUUCUAAACUUCCCUGGAAGGUUUCCAAGCACAAGUUCUAGCAAGUAUAUGUCUUUAAAUUCUGCACCAGAAAAUUCAAAGGAUGGCGAUCAAGCCUCUACGGACGAGUUAGAAAAUGAAGAUUUUGUAGAAAUCCCUCAAUCAAAUAUGGUUUUGCGGAAGCGCAUACGUAAAAUAAAGCAGGGCAUGAAACGAUAUAAUAGUCAACUGUCCUUGCUUAGGCAAGAUCUCAGAUCUUGCAAAAGGAAGACCUCUGAUCAACAAAAGCAAAUAAGUGAACAACAAAAGCAGUUGGCUGACCAACAAAAACAGACUUUGGAAUACGCCAGUCGCUUAGACGAAUACGACAAGAAAAACGAAGAGAUAUCGCGCAAGUUCAGCGCUCUUCUGCAAGAGCUGAAUAAAUGCAAGACAGAACUACAAUACUGGCGUUGCAAAUCGCCAGCUACCGCAGCUUCAGGUUCGGCUUCGGGCUCGGGCGCAGCUGCUCCGCCUCUGUGCGCCCAGUGCGGAGCAGCCGUAGCCCAGCAAAGGAUCCCUGAUGAACAGUUGCAAGGGGCUGUUGUUCAACAACCGCAGAUAGAGGGCGGAGAGCAGGCACUGAUGCAACAUCAGCUGCUGUUUCAUACUGCUACGCCACCUGGCAGUCCAGCACAUCAGGCCGAUCUCUCAGCGAAUUCUGAAUCUGAAGACGACAUAGUUAAACCCGACAAAUCAACAGUGUCAGGUGAUCGAAAGAUGGCUGUAUCGGUCAUGGAUCAACCAGGAGGCAGCAGCAGUGCUGGCAGUGGUUCGGAAGCUCCACGACAGAAACGAAAAGCCGAUGAUCAGCACAACAACAGAGCAGUUGAGCUGACCAAGCCCGUCAAAAAGAGCCGCCGACUCAGCAAGUUCCGCAGCAAGCGCAGCAAAGUUUAAGCUAGGAAUGCUCGAUGGCUUGGGUCGUAUAUAUAAUAUGGAAACGAGACGUAUCGUGGAGAGGAGGUAUAGUCGCGAGAGAGUGCAGAGGUUUGGCGUCACUAGGAGACGAAUCACAUCGCGACGUCAGCGAACGUUAUCGUACACACUUUCUUCUAAAGUAGUCAGUGUCAGUAGCUGGAUUACCACAAUUUGAGGUAGUAGCGUGUAGUAGUGAGUUGUUUUCUCUCAAGUUGUUUCAGUCGGAAGUAAGUUAACUUAACAGAACUCCCAUAUAUAAUGUUUGUAGGUGUACAUCUGUUUUAUUUUUUUAGUUUGCACUCGAUGCAGUAUGAACAGUAAUAUGAGCUAGGUGAAGUUUUCUUAACAUUUGUCAGCUGUUUCAGUAACUUUCAUUUUUUCCUUAAUUUCAAAUGAGGGUUAAUAUCCGUUAUCGUUUUUAUGUUACAAGGUUUUAAAAUAUUUUUGGGUAAUAGACUAUAGUGGUUCAUCUAUCAUUUAGUGCUUUGUCACGAUGAUUAAAUGUAAGAUAAUUUUUUAGACUGCUUUGUGACAUAUACAAAUACUAAUAUUUUAUUUCUAUCGGAUCGAUAUGCUCAUUGAUUUAGUGGCAUUGUUGUAAUCACGGAGUCUCAGUAACGAAUACCUUAGUUCUGAUUAAAUUUGGAUUUGAGAACAGGGUGGCGAAGUUGAACAAAAAAAUCAAUAUGGCGUGAAAUGCCGUUUUUAUGCGUUUUUGACCUUCCACUUCUUUAUGCUCGUAAUGAUAAGUUUUUUAUUGAUAAAAAUAAGUGUUUUUAGAAAUCCCAAAGAUUUUUAUAGACCUUCUGGUUACAAAAUUUUGUUCGACUAAGGACCAAAUAAAUAAAACUAAUGUUCCAAAAGCUAGAUAUAGGGAAAAAUCAUGGGAAAGGAAAUUAAUUGAUCAAAUUUGACUUUAUUUUCUGGCCUAGGGUUUUUCUCACGUAGAGUUGCCCUUGAUUUGUUUUAAAUACUGACUACAAAUAAGUUUCACUUCUGUUUGUGUAGACAGAAAAACAUUAAUCGGGAUCGUUCAAUUUCCAGUUCUGACAAUCCAAAAGACUUCACCUACUUUAUGUUUCUAUACCUUUUGUAGCAAUCAUGCAUGGUUAGGCGAAGGGAAACAAUAUUACACAUUCUUGACACUGGUCCUAGUGCAUUCUCACUAUUUCGACUUAUAUUAUCUCAUACUUUCACUGAGCCACAAAUCGUAUACCUGUUAUCUCUUGUAUAUAUCAUUACACAAAAUCUUGAAUUGUUAUAUAGCUUUGUUUCCCUUCUUUGAUACAGCAUACAUAAACAAUAACAAAGAUUUGUUACCAAUCAAAUUCAUACAGGUCAAACAGAAAAUCAAAAUGUAGCAGCUGGCUUUUUCGUUUUUUAAACUGACAGCAAAUAUGUUGACAAUGAGCUUCGCUCGUAUUUUUAUAAUGCUGUUUACAAUAUUUUCCAUCCAAUAGGAGUUUUAUGGCGGGACUUUCAGUAAAAAUGAGCUCUCUGCAGUGUGAUGUGUUACUAUUACUAUGAUGGGCAUGUAAACGUCUAUGAAUACAUAUAGUAUCAGACAAACCAAAGAAAAUAACAUUUUCUUCCAAAUCAAAGAUAUGUGCAGUGUUAAUGCAGUCCAUUCGGAACCAGAAUAGAGUAGAUGUGAACAGAAUCAGGCGCUAUGUACGUGAUACUCGAAUCAUAAAUCAUUAGACAGGGUCAAACCUGCGUUUGUCGUGUCGUGUGGCUGGCGCAGUGGCAAAGGACCAAGAAACUGGUAUCGAGUUCACCAGUUUCCGAAAACGAGUUUGUUUUGUUUGACUAUUGAUUAAAGUGUUCUACUUGAAGACAACCAUAUACUGUAUUCCGGCGUCCAAAAAUGGAUAUGAAACUAGCGCCAUUUAUAAGACAGUAGCAGAACCAGGCAAUCAAAAUCUUUUCAAAGUACAUGUCUAGAUGUAUUUCGGUAAUCUGCUAGUGUCUCGCAUAUGGCACUAGUUCUGUACCUUAACGAACAAAAAGCGUCCCAGCGCUCAUCCGGCUUCGAUGGAUGGUCUAGUUCUGCCAAAGAGCCGUUCAUUUCGGCUGGAUGGAGCGCAGAUCACCAAGAGCUUGAUCUGGCACGAACACAUCUCGUCAAUAGCGGCAGCUGCUAGGAAAAAGCCAAGCUAUUUAUUUAGAGCUAAGAAGUACUUUUCACCACAUGACCUCCUCACUAGAUACAAGACCCAGGUAAGAUCUGGCCUCGAGUAUUGCUCACAUGUUUGGGGUGCUGCCGCUCCGACUAUAUUGUCCAUGCUCGAUGCUGUUCAGAGCAGGGCUGUCCGACUGAUCGAUGACUCUCCUCUGUCAGACAGCGUUGGGACCCUUUCGCAUGGGCGGGCCGUCGAUGAUCUAGUUAUCUUCUACCGCUACAUCUCAGAGCUCUUCUUUAUGAUGCCGUCACGCGAUGUUCCUGCUAGACUGACCCGCCUAACUGCGGCCUCCCAUCCUAACCGUGUUCGAACGUUCAUCCAGAACUGGUCGAUGAGACCGCUCCUUUGUCAGUAAGGUGUCCAGAUAGUGGAUCAAUCUGCAAGAGGAGGCUUUCUACUAACCUUAGGUAGUUCAAAAAUCGGAUUAACAAAGUUUCUUUGGGAUACUCAUAGCAGCCGCGGUGCCCUAGCAUUUAGGAUUCUGCUUGUACGGCUGUUUCGGUGUAAAAAAAGUUUUUGAAUUCACUUUUGAAAGCGUUAGUAUCUUUCAGAUCCGUUUUUGGAUGCCAGUAUAUGGUUUAUUAUUUUCAGGUAGAAUAUGGUAAUCAAUGGUUUCACUCUAUUUUGGAUGGGGAAGGACUGCAGAAUGACAUGAAAAUAAAAAUGUGGUCUUAGUCCCAUCUAGUAUUACAAGGUCAUUGUUGAGAGUUCAAUAAUUAACAGUUAACACUUUUAAGUGACUUACUUCUUUAACCUCUCAUACAUAAUGUCGUGUUGUGUUUGAAUAAGAAAUGGUGAAGUCGAAGAGACCUUGAAGUAUUUGUGAAACGACAAAACGGAUGUUUCUAUUCUGCAACUUUGUAAUCAUAGCUUUACUUCUCAUGCACUGCAUAAAAAUUCAAAAAUCGCCUCCACUAUGGUGAAGUUGAUGGAAAGAUAUGUCGAGGUAGAAAGUACAAUAACUAUUACUCAGCUUUAAAAACAUGGUGGUAUUCCAUUAGCUUCAUAAUGACUAUUUUAAUGUUAUUACAUCAGCUUUAUUUUCUAAAAAACGAGUGCAAUAUUUAAAGAACAUGUAUCUAUUUGUCCAAGUUCCAAUAUUUUGCAGUACUAGUCAGAGAGACGUAAUAAAAAUUAUUUGAGAUAUUUAAAGCACGCACCAAGUAUCCGUGGCAGGACGACAAAAAUAUCACAGCAUUUGAUCCGUUAUUAAGAAAGUAAACGAAAAAACACCAGGAAUAAAAUGACAUUUUUCCUGUAAUUCGGAGAGCAGUGUCUAAUAUGUAGCAGAAUUACACACAAGAUAAAGUGGGUUUUUUGUGGUUGCAAAGGAAACCACUUACUAUUUUUCAAAAAGCAAUGUCCCUGUGAUCAAACUGAUACCUUAUAGUGUCUAGUGUGAACAGGAAAUUGUAAUUUUAAAACUGAAAAGUUAUCAAUACGUUCUGGAAAAAGCUUUUAUGGAAAUUGGUAUUAUUACAGCUGUAAAAAUUAGAACUGUUUUGAAUCCGAAGGAUGAAAAAUAUAUAUUGCCAACAAAAAAUGCGUGUGUAAGUUUCUUUCUGAGAAAUGGUAGUAGAAUAUGUACCUAUGACUUUCCAAACGUAUUGGCCAUUGUGAGCCAAUGGUUGUUGAGCGUACGUUAUUGAACCGCACCUUACCCAUAUCAGAUGUUACAGGUAUAUUCAAUAUUUAUUAACGAAAAAACUCAGGUCUCUCGAAUUACCUCUCUAAGUUAGAAAGAAUCUUUCGGAUUUGAAGAAAUUUGUUUUAAUUUUUUUGCCAAUACUUCAACGCAUGAUAUAAAUCUCCAGGGAUCUUUACACCAGUUCCGUGAGAUUCUUAUGUUGUCCAACAGGUAGCCGCAUCUAAUAUGAGUCAACUGUAAUCUUGUGGCAAUAUUGAUUAAUUACAUGGACCUCUAAAAGCUAUGUUCGAUUUUUCAUCCCAACAUGCUAGUCAAACUUUGGCAGAUUGAAGCUAUGGAAUACCGCCGGAUAUCACAAUCCCUAUCUAUUUGUAUAUUAGCGAUUGUUCAUUGUUAUUCCAAAAUAAGUUCAUCGUCGAUAGUUUUUAAGGGAUGUAACAGUAAUCGAUAUUUUGUAUAGAAUGUAUCAUAGAUUUCGACGUUAUCUAAUAAUCGAUGACUUGAGCUGCAUUUUUGGGAGGUGUGUUCUAUACAGGGUGUUACAGAAUGUUGUCGGGUACAUUGAAGAGCAGUUCCAGCACGUUGAAAUGUGAAAAAAAGCUUAUGUUAAUAUAGGUUGACAUGUGUCUUUUUCAAAUAUUUGGUACAUGCAAAUAUAUUAAUGGAUCUCACAAUAACAUGUAAAAAAUGUUUUCCAAAUCACAAACAUCAGUUGCGUAAUUGAGCUAAUUCUUGAUUAAAUGCACCAAUAAAUACAUUUCAAAAUGCCGUUUAAUCUGUAUGGUGGGGUACAUUUUUGACAAAGUUUGAAUACCGACGUUUCAAAUUUUCCUGACAACAGUCAGUACCAUGAGCUAAUUUUUUUUGUAACCUUAUACAGGAAACAGUAGAAUAUGGUUCAUACUGAAUCAUGUAAAAUGAGGCUCAAUUCAUAGAUCACCAGAUAAGCACCAAUUUCAAAGUACCUAUCUACAUAUUGUAUAUUUUUUGUGAAGGUAAUUUUUAUGGCAUAGUUUUAUUUAAGCUUUUUAGUUUGUUUAGUUUGGGGUUGGUAUCACAAUUUAAUUUUCCUCAAGAAUGCACUAUGAAUAUAUGUUCACUGUAGAAAUAAGCGUGGCUAUGAAUUAUUUUCAUUAAUUAAUAAUCUCUCAAGGGAAACUUCAGGCACAAUCUCUAAUUACUAGAAUUUUUUAUAUUAGUACUGUUAUAAAUUAAUAAAAAAAUUAUGUUUUCUCAUUAUUCUUCCAUUAAAUUUUAGAAAUAUUAUCUGCACUGUUAAGUAUUCAUAUACUCAUUUGAUUCAUAAUUUUUAAGGACUCUAGACUUUCAAUAAUUUUUCAACUUAUGUUGAAUCUACUCGUUUGUAUCUUCAAACUCAUAUGCAGUACAUAUUUGAUGAAUCAGUUUUGAUGUUUGCAAAUAUCUUAUUGAAAUAAAAGAUAGUUGUUCUUAUAAAUAUGCACAUAAAGUAUGACGUAAUUAUGAGCUGAAGAGAUUACAGGAAUUUAUGAGAAAUUAUGUUAUACCAGUAUCGAAUUUAUAAUAGCAACAAUCAAACUUAAGCAUAAGACAUGCAACAAUUUGUCAAAACGGUCAUCAAACAAUAAUGAAAACCUGUAGAUUUUCUGUGCAGCUGAUGCAAAUUCAGUAGUCAAAACACUAUGAAUACUGGGUCGAACACCCUAAGAUUACAAGCAAGAUUGAGAAUUCUUAGACCACACCCUCGAUAUCUGACAGGUGGUGUCACCUUAGUCGAUGUUAGUAGUUUAUCCCAGUAGGGUCAUUGGACUUGUUGAAACUGAUGACAGAGCACAUAUACCCUAUUUCACGAGUAUCCAUCACAAUUUGACGUCUACUGAGGUGAACAGCUGAUCAUCAAGUGACAUAUUUGUUAGUCUGCAACGUUGGCAAUAAUGAAUCGAGUAUAAAAUUCGUAAAACUUGUUUGUGGCGUAUUGUUUUUUGUAUGCAAAUGAACUAUUCUAAAUGAAAGAACUGUUCGCAAGUACGAAAUGAAUCUGUAGCGUACAAAAGACCAAAACAAAAUACGGCUCAGUCUACCCGGCGUUGACGGAUCCUUCAGAAUUAUGUGUCCUGUGCCGAUAUCGGGAAUUUUGAGAUAUUACUAGAUAAUCAACUGGCAUUCAACUGUCAUGGAUACUCUUGAAAUAGGGUAUACUGCGUGCGACGAUUGAUUGUACUGAGAUUACUGACCAUCCAAAUGUUCGUUUCAUAACAAGUUACUGUUGUGUAAAUCAGUAGGUACCUCACUGCACCUUAUUGCAAAUGCAUUAAAAAUAGUGUGCGGUUCUGUAAAAUUGACUGAAAAUUUUGAAACGCAUCAACACUGAUUCACCGGUUACUUUCUUUCUGUAAGACAAGACUAUUUCUACUGGAAUACCAAUGAAUAGGUCUCUAAGUGUCCAUAUUUUUGUAGGCAACACGAAUGCGCUGUGUAUAGACACAUAUUUUUGUUUGAUACUAAAUGUUUUUGUUAUAUGCAAUUAUCUUCAUGCAGUAUCUCCAACAAGCCUCAUAUUCCUGUUUAGUUGGUAGUAUCACAAUAGCUAGUCAAUAUAGUCAAAUAGGAUAUUUGGCACUUUUGAACAGUGUCAGGUAUAACAUUCUACAUUCAUGUAUAAUUAUAGGUUUGUGGAAAACAUAUUAGAUAUUAAAAAGGAGCGCUUAUAGUAGUGCUGUAAUUAUGUUUCCAAUUUGAGUUUUAUUGCUUGGAUCAUCUUUGUCUAAAAUAUCAUAAUAUUUUUCAUUUUGAAAAUACUGUAGUUGGAUUUAUAUAAAAAGUUUGAACAGAUUUAGUCCCCAAAAUUACACUGAAGUAUCGCAGGCCGACAUUUCUUGUAAUAGGUUGCUAUGAUCAGCAGUUGUUUGAGAUCUAUGCCUCAGUGUUAAAAUUUGCCUUCAAUAUCCUUUUUGACAGAUUCCCACCCCAGCCAGUGUGCAAAAAAUAUUACAUACACUAACCAUACUUAUGGUAUAAGGUCAAUUUUGUUGAUGAUACUGUUUUAGCUUAUUGAAGCAAAUUGAGUACCUAAUUUAGAUUUAACCGUGAUUCUGUCAUCUUAACUAUUUUUAGGGUAUAGUGAAUUUAUAGUUUAUUUGAAGUAUAUAAUUUGGAUACUUUCAUUAAUUUAAUUAUAAUUACGACUACGUUUAAAAUAUUUUUUCACCCUCAAUUACAGUUAGUGUGAACAAGAUGGAUAGUUGAAUAUUUAAUAGCUAUUAAUAAUCUAUAGAUACUGUGGAAACUCGUGAGUCCAUAUUAACAUUAUUUUUUCAAUAAAAAACAAAAAUUAACAAAUAGCUGUAAUUUUUCUCAUACAAGUCACAAAAUUAAAGUUGCCCCCCGUUCUUACGAACAACACCAAAACAUUUAAAGGAUAUAUACAUAUAGGAUUUUUAUAAAUAUUUUGUGAGAAAAAUUACUACAAUUAUUUUAAUUCGAAUUUAAGACCAAGUGUCCUUUUGUUUAUUUUUAAUAGUAGGAGUGAGAAUGAAAUAAAUUUUAAAAGAAU